UUCGAUUGAUUGUGAUUACGAUCUGCGAUAAUGAUGGAUUGAGUUGAGAUAAUUAACUAUCGCGAUCAGUUUAAUCGAGUUUUUAAUUAAGAGAUACAACAUUCUCCGUUCUUUUCUAAUGCGGUAGUUGCCAUUUUUCGGGUAGAAUAGACGAAAAAAUUUGACAAGAUGAACGCCGGCGAUGACAACAGUUGGAGGACGAACACAUUGAGAUUGGAUAUAGUGAAAAGAUUGUUGCGAAGAAGCUGUACAGAAAUCCGGCGUGUCGAUGGCUAAAAGUUGUAUGGACAUAGAAAACCACAUAUUUCAAAACACCAAGACCAAAGAAGAUUACUUGAACAAAGCUUCUAUAAUGAUAACUCGGAUUGGACAAAUGAACCCAAAUGCUCGAGCUGGGGUGGCCGGUGGUCAACCGAUGCAGUCAGCAACGCCGACGCUGCAAGAUCCGAUGCACGCGUUGAAAGCGAUGACUCACUCGAACACCGGUGCUAAUCAAACGAUGAAUUUAAUGCCACCGCAACAGCAUCAAGGCAAUCCGCAAUUGAACGCCUCUAAUUUGCUGCAAACGUUGAACCAUCAGAGACCUCAGUUACAAAAUAUAAGACCGCCGAUGCAACCUGGUAUAAUGGGUCAAAUGGGACAGAUGCCGCAACAAAAUCAAAUUCCAGCCUCUGGUAUUCCGAUGAAUACUCAGAUGAACGUUGCGAUGGCAGCGCAGAUGGGUGCGUCCGUACCUAACGUAAUGCCCCAGCAAAUGGUCGGUACCGGUUCGCCCGCUGGCUCCAUGGUUGCCUCGCAAUUGAAUCCUUCUAUGAUGAAUGGUCCAUUACCUGGUCAUAUGGGUAAUGUGAUGAACCCAGCAAUCGGUCAGCAAAUGCCGCCAUCUCCUAUGCAGCCCAGUCAGAUGAACGUUCCGUCACAAAUGAGCCAUUUAGGCGCCACCAGAAAGGUGAUUCCCGAUGGAAUGGUGAUGUCUGGCCAAGGAAAUGUGGCGUACGGUCAACCUCGAUGCCAAGUGCCCGGUCAGUUUAUACGCCAGAAUACCCCUUCUCCGCAAGCGUCACCAGUUUCAAUCAACUCGGCGAUGGUGCCUUCGCCGGCUUCGGUACCUUCGCCAUUAGGCGGUAGUAUGGUGGGUGGAAUGAUGAGACCAACGGGUAGCAGUUAUCGAAUGUCCGGUAUGGCUCCGUCGCCGAAUAGUAACGUCACGUUGAACACGCCGCUUAAUAUUCAAUCGCAACCUACUCCGAGUCCAUGUAAUAGCGAGGAACAAGCAUACAGAGAUAAAAUCAAGCAACUCAGUCGUUUCAUCGAACCGCUUAGAAGAACGAUUUCUCGUCAUGGGAACGGAGAUAGCGAAAAAAUGAAAAAAUUGCUGGAAAUUUUAACCUCGCCCGGUCAACGAAUAACCAUGGAAGCUUUACUCAAGUGUGAAGUUGUUUUGGAAAAAAUGGACAUGAAAACGGAUCGACCAGAAACACAACAAAAAGAACAACACCCUUUGAUUGAAGCUAUCACCGCAUCUUUACGUAGUCCAAAUCCGAAUCACACUUUGCAUAGGACCUUCGAACCGAUUAUGAGCGCAUUGAAUGGCAAAUCAUUGAAAAACUUACCGAGAGCUUUGAAAAGGAAACGCGUCGAUGAAUGUACCUCCGACAUUCCAGAAGUGCUACAAGGUGAAGUUGCUCGCUUGGAUAAUCGGUUCAAAGUGUCUCUCGAUCCGGUUCACCAUAACGGUUCGAAAUCGGUGCAUUUAACAUGUUGGUUAGACGAUAAACAUUCGCCUUGUAUACCACCAGUCCAAAUCACUAUACCUGACGAUUAUCCGGCUAGUUCGCCCAAAUGUAAUAUGUCCAAUUACGAAUACGGGGCUUCGAAAUUCUUGCGAAUGAUUCAAGACGCUCUACAAGCCAGAAUAUCGAAGCUUUCGGCCAAGUUCACAGUUUCACAGCUGCUAGAUACGUGGGAGAUGAGCGUCCGAGAGACUUGUUCCGCUGAUCGAUUGUCGUCCGAUGUUGGUAAAACAACGUCGUUGCUUAUUAGUUCGUAAAUUAUGCAUUUUAUUCGCUUAAAUAUUUUAUUUUACGUAGAUCGUGAAUAAUUGUGCAGGAUUACUCUUUUAUUUUACAAUCCUUUGUACUUGUACGUAUUUGGAAUUUUUUUUUGUUUUAUUAUUUUUUCAAGAAGACCAAGUUGUCAAGAAUUUAAUAUCGUUCAGUUUUGUUGGUGACUUUUUGAAACAGCUUGUUCUUAAGACGAUUGCUGACAAUUUUCUUUUCAAAAAAAAUAUACGUAAUUGUGAAAAUUUUCAGAA